AUGGAGCCGUCGUCAAGCUCGAGAGCGCGGUCAAUACCGGAGCCCAUGGUGGGGUUGCAGGAAGCAGGGCCUUCUCCGUUUCUAACGAAGACGUUCGAGAUGGUGGAUGAUCCAAACACGAACCACAUUGUGUCUUGGAGCAGAGGAGGCAUCAGUUUUGUGGUGUGGGAUCCACAUUCAUUCUCAGCGACCAUCCUCCCUCUCUACUUCAAGCAUAACAACUUCUCCAGCUUCGUCAGACAGCUCAACACUUAUUUUUGGAAGAAUUCAACAAUGCGUCCGGCCUCCAUUUACCGCAAAAGGGGAUUCAGAAAGAUCGAGGCAGAGAGAUGGGAGUUUAUGAAUGAAGGUUUCCUGAUGGGUCAGAGAGACCUUCUCAAAAGCAUCAAGCGGCGAAACUCCACUUCAGCCCCUCCCUCGCUCCACUACCCUCAACCCGACGGUCAUGACCCCUCCGCCGAGCUCCGACAAGAGAGGCAUGUCCUAAUGACGGAGAUCUCGAGGCUGAGACAGCAGGAGCAGAGAGCGAGGGGCUACAUCCAAGCCAUGGAGCAGAGGAUUAACGGAGCGGAGAAGAAACAGAAACAUAUGAUGACCUUCCUGAGGCGCGCGGUGGAGAAACCCUCGCUUCUGCAGCAGCUACUCCCGCAGCAGAGGACCGAGCUAGAGGAGGCCUCGAACAAUCAGGAUAGCGUGGUCAAAAGGGAGGCGGUGGAACACGUGUCGGAGCUGGAGGCUCUGGCGCUGGAGAUGCAAGGACAUGGACGCCAAAGGGUCGAAGACGUUGAUAGGGAACUCGACGACGGGUUUUGGGAAGAGCUACUGAUGAACGACGAUACAUUUGAGGAUGGAGAAGAAGAAGAUGAAGAGGCGAAUGUGAACGUGUUGGCCGGCAGAAACUAA